GCGUGUAUUAACUUAUCUGAAAUCAUUGUUAACUCGACACUCAUCCUAGAGGUUGCUCAGAAAGAGAUCAACAAGAUAAAGAGGCUUUGACUUUAGCACAAUGUGUGACGACGAUGUUAACGCUCUUGUCGUGGACAAUGGAUCCGGAAUGUGUAAGGCUGGAUUUGCCGGAGAUGAUGCUCCCCGAGCCGUUUUUCCUUCCAUCAUUGGACGUCCAAAGCACACAGGAGUCAUGGUGGGAAUGGGACAAAAAGACAGUUAUGUGGGGGACGAGGCUCAAUCCAAGCGUGGAAUCCUGACCCUUAAAUACCCAAUUGAGCAUGGCAUUGUCACGAACUGGGAUGACAUGGAGAAAAUUUGGCAUCACACGUUUUACAACGAACUUCGUGUGGCACCUGAGGAGCACCCUAUCCUUUUGACCGAGGCUCCCAUGAACCCUAAAAUGAAUCGAGAGAAGAUGACUCAAAUUAUGUUCGAGAGUUUCAAUGCUCCAGCCAUGUAUGUGAGCAUUCAGGCAGUUUUGUCACUGUACGCUUCUGGGCGAACCACGGGCAUUGUCAUGGACUCUGGCGAUGGCGUGACGCACACGGUGCCCAUCUAUGAAGGCUAUGCCCUCCCACAUGCCAUUCUUCGUUUGGACCUAGCUGGACGAGACUUGACUCAUUACCUCGGAAGUAUAUUGACUGAAAGAGGUUACGGCUUCACCACCACGGCAGAGAGAGAGAUUGUCCGUGAUGUCAAAGAAAAAAUGGCCUUUGUUGCUAUAGAUUUUGAACAAGAAAUGGCCACAGCCGCUGCCUCGUCCUCAUUGGAAAAAUCGUACGAACUCCCUGACGGACAAGUCAUCACAAUUGGCAAUGAGCGAUUCCGAUGUCCUGAGGCUCUGUUCCAACCCUCGUUCCUUGGAAUGGAGGCGAUCGGCAUCCAUGAGACAACUUUCUAUUCAAUUAUGAGAUGUGACGUAGAUAUUCGCAAGGACUUAUACUCGAACAUUGUUUUGUCCGGAGGAUCUACCAUGUUCCCCGGAAUUGGCGACCGCAUGCAAAAAGAAAUAACUCAUUUGGCUCCUUCUACGAUGAAGAUCAAAAUCAUUGCCCCUCCCGAAAGGAAAUAUUCAGUCUGGAUUGGCGGCUCAAUCUUGGCUUCCUUGUCUACUUUCCAACAAAUGUGGAUUUCCAAACAAGAAUAUGACGAGGCUGGUCCAUCCAUUGUUCAUCGCAAAUGUUUCUAAAUGCAUAUUACACGAUGAUACUGACA